AGUGUGUGUGUCUGUGGAAUUCAUGUGGAGGUCAGAGUGAAAACAGGUGAGAGUGGGCUAAAAGGCAAGAUCCAACAGAAGAAAACAUGGCUGCCAAGGUGUUUGAGUCCAUCGGCAAGUUUGGCCUGGCUUUAGCCAUCGCAGGAGGCGUGGUGAACUCUGCCUUGUAUAAUGUGGACGCAGGACACAGAGCUGUCAUCUUUGACCGGUUCCGUGGAGUCCAGGACAUUGUGGUAGGGGAAGGGACUCACUUUCUCAUCCCUUGGGUACAAAAGCCAAUUAUCUUUGACUGCCGCUCUCGACCACGUAAUGUGCCAGUAAUCACUGGUAGCAAAGAUUUACAGAAUGUCAACAUCACACUGCGCAUCCUCUUCCGGCCUGUUGCUAGCCAGCUGCCACGCAUCUAUACCAGCAUCGGAGAGGACUAUGAUGAGCGUGUGCUGCCGUCCAUCACGACGGAGAUUCUCAAGUCAGUGGUGGCUCGCUUUGAUGCUGGAGAACUAAUCACCCAGAGAGAGCUGGUCUCCAGACAGGUGAGCGAUGACCUCACGGAGCGAGCAGCCACCUUUGGGCUCAUUCUGGAUGACGUAUCCUUGACGCAUCUGACCUUUGGGAAGGAGUUCACAGAAGCAGUAGAAGCCAAACAGGUGGCUCAGCAGGAAGCAGAGAGGGCCAGAUUUGUGGUGGAAAAGGCUGAGCAGCAGAAGAAGGCAGCCAUCAUCUCUGCCGAGGGCGAUUCCAAAGCAGCUGAACUGAUCGCCAACUCACUCGCCACCGCGGGUGAUGGCCUGAUUGAGCUGCGCAAGCUGGAAGCUGCCGAGGACAUUGCAUAUCAGCUCUCUCGCUCUCGGAACAUCACCUACCUGCCGCACGGGCAGUCGGUGCUCCUCCAGCUACCCCAGUGAGGCUGCCCUGCCCAUACCUGCUUAGGCAAACUUGGCCACAGCCCUGUUGAUUCCUGACACAGCCUUCCUUCUGCCCCUACCCCAGAAAUCACUGUGAAAUUUCAUGAUUGGCUUAAAUAGUGAAGAAAAUAAAAAUCACUUCCGAUCCCUAA